CGUGAGGCACCACCAGGGACACCCGGCUCGGGCAUCCCAGCGCCGGCUCCAGCCCACACGGACCAGCCCCCCCGGCCCGCAGCCCCCCCUGGAGCCCCGGUUCGGCUCUGGGGACUCCGCCGUCCCCACCGCCCCUUCCCGAGGGUGGCGGGACCCGGCGGGACCCCGCACAUCCCCAGCGCUCCCGGCUGCCCUCCCUCCCGCUCUCCCUCUCUCCGUACCGGCGGGCAGCAGCGCGGGGCCGGGCGGCGCGGCCGGCGCUUGGCUGACGGGGAUGAAGGGCACGUUGAAGCUGAACUCGGUGGCGGAGGAGGAGAAGAGCAGCCCAAAAUGCUCCAAACUCUGACUGGCAGAAGAAGGUAACUGAAUACUUCAAGGAGAAAUUAAAAGAAAAUAAUGCUACUAACUGGGUCCCAUCACUGAAUGAUGUUCCUGUACAUUACCUAAAACCCAACAGCUUAGUGAAAUUUCGCUGCAUGGUCCAAGAUAUGUUUGAUCCUGAGUUUUACAUGGGAGUCUAUGAAACAGUUGACCCAAACACAAAUGCGCGUGUUUUGCAUUUUGGUAAAUACAGAGACGUGGCAGAAUGUGGGCCUCAGCAGGAAAUUGAUUUGAACUCCCCACAAACAGUCACCUCAGAGAGACAGACUUUCUACUGUGUUCCAGUGCCUGGUGAAUCAGCAUGGGUGAAGGAAGCCUACAUCAGUGCCAGCCAGGCCCGAGUGAGCCCCUCCACCUCCUACACCCCCAGCCGCCACAAGAGGAGCUACGAGGAGGAUGAGGACAUGGACCUGCAUCCCUCCAAACAGAAGGAGCAGCACAUGGGCAGUGGAGGUGAUAUCCAUGGAUGUGUGGAGCCAAAGAGAUUAGAAACAGAAGCCUCUGCAGGUCAUCAUGUCAUUUCUCCCAACUGCUCCCCUCCACUUGACCUAAAUUUUCCCUUGCCAGGAGAGAAGGGACCAGCAUGUCUUGUAAAGAUCUAUGAGAGCUGGGAGAGCUUCAAAGUCAAUGAUGUGCUGGAGGUGUUUGGUGUUCUGUCUGUGGACCCAGUGCUGAGCAUAGUGAACAGUGAAGAGAGGGACAGCUCCAGCCUGGAUCCUAUGGAGUGCAUGGACACCAUGGAGGAGCAGAGGGUGCACAGCCCCCCGGCCUCCUUAGUGCCCAGGAUCCACGUCAUUUUGGCACAGAAGUUGCAACACAUUAACCCCUUGCUGCCUGCCUGCCUUAACGAAGAGGAGAGCAAAACCUUUGUUUCUAAUUUCAUGUCUGAGCUGUCACCAGUGAGAGCAGAGUUGCUGGGGUUCCUCACCCAUGCCCUCUUGGGAGAUAGUUUGGCUGCUGAAUACCUGAUACUGCAUCUCAUUUCUACAGUCUAUGGCAGACGGGAUGUGCUUCCUCUGGGAAAAUUCACCGUCAACCUGAGCGGCUGUCCCCGGAGCAGCGCCUUCACCGAGCACCUGUACCGCCUCAUCCAGCAGCUGGUGCCAGCAUCCUACCACCUGCGGAUGAGCAUCGAGAGCAUGAACCACUCGCGCUUCAUCCCUCACAAGGACUACACGGCCAACCGCCUGGUCAGCGGGCUGCUGCAGCUGGCCAGCAACACCUCCCUGGUCAUAGAUGAGACCCAGCUGGAGCAGGGACAGCUGGACACUGCAGGUGUCCAUAAUGUGACAGCCCUGGGUAACCUGAUCACUUGGCAGAAGGUGGAUUAUGACUUCAAUUACCACCGGAUGGAAUUCCCAUGCAACAUUAAUGUGCUGAUCACUUCCGAGGGCCGCUCGCUCCUGCCGUCAGAUUGCCAAGUCCACUUACAGCCACAGAUAAUUCCUCCAAACAUGGAAGAGUACAUGAGCAGCCUCCUCACUGCAGUGCUGCCCUCCGUGCUGAACAAAUUCCGAAUUUACCUGAGUUUGUUGAGGCUGCUGGACUACAGUAUAUCUGAUGAGGUGACCAAGGCAGUGGAAGAAGACUUUGUGGAAAUGCGCAAGAACAACCCCGAGAGCGUCACGGCCGAUGACCUGCACAAAAUGCUGCUGGUGGCCAGGUUCCUGUCGCUCAGCGCGGGGCAGACGACGCUGUCCAGGGAGAGGUGGCUGAGAGCGAAGCAGCUGGAGGCACUGCGCAAGGCCAGGCUGCAGCAGCAGCAAUGUGUCAAUGGCAAUGAACUUUAACACCUGCUGGAUGUCACCCUGAAAAUGUCUCUAAUCCUAGGUGGAACCCAUACUAAGAUUGGAAUAUUGUUUAUACCAGUUUUUGUAGAUAAUUUAUACCAAAAAGUUAUGGAUAUUUACCCUCGCGGUCUGAACGCACUUGACUCUGUUCAGCCACCUAAACAUAUUUUAUGGAAUUUUUUUGGACCCUGUUUUGUAAUUGAAAAUUGGUAACAUUGAGCAAAUUGUUUGAUAUUAAACUUUAAUACUGA